AUGGGUAAAUCACAGUCCAAGCUCUCUCAAGAUCAGCUUGUUGAGCUUCAGAAGUCUACCCAUUUUGAUAAGAAGGAGCUGCAGCAAUGGUACAAGGGUUUCCUUAAGGAUUGCCCGUCGGGUACGCUCACCAAAGAGGAGUUUCAGAAAAUUUACAGACAAUUCUUCCCUUUCGGAGAUCCGAGCUCAUUCGCCGACUAUGUAUUCAACGUGUUCGACAGCGACAAGUCCGGUACUAUCGACUUUAAGGAGUUCAUUUGUGCGUUGAGUGUCACCAGCAGAGGCAAGAUGGAAGAUAAGCUGGACUGGGCAUUCCAGCUGUAUGACAUUGAUGGCGAUGGCAAAAUCAGUUAUGACGAAAUGCUGAAGAUUGUCGAGGCUAUCUACAAGAUGGUUGGCUCCAUGGUCAAACUACCCGAAGACGAAGAUACCCCCGAGAAACGAGUAAGGAAGAUCUUCCGCAUGAUGGACAAGGAUGAGAAUGGCAGUCUAGACAUGGAGGAGUUCAAGGAGGGCAGCAAACGGGACGAGACCAUUGUCUCAGCGCUAUCCCUCUAUGACGGUUUGGUAUAG